AUGAUUCUGGCGAAACUUGCGAGCUCAUGGAAGGCGCAGGCGCUCUUCAAGAAGUUCGAUGCCCGGGCGAACCACAAGGUCUACGGGAAGGGCCGAGCCGCUACCACCAGCAAGGUGCUGGUGAUCGGCGCCGGGCCCUGUGGACUGAGAGCUGCCAUUGAAUGCCAGCUGCUAGGCGCUAAAGUGGUUGUGAUAGAGAAAAGAGACCGCAUGUCUCGCAACAACGUUCUGCACCUGUGGCCGUUCGUUAUUCAGGACCUGCGGGCGCUGGGAGCCAAGAAGUUCUUCGGCAAGUUCUGCGCCGGCUCCAUCGACCACAUCAGCAUCCGGCAGCUGCAGUGCAUACUGCUCAAGGUGGCGUUACUACUGGGGGUCGAAUUUCACGAAGGCGUCAGUUUCGAAGAAUUGUUGGAGCCGACGGUCACAGAAAAUUCAGAAAGUUAGUAUUUAUAUUUAACA